GUCGCAGUGUUUUGAGCCAUGGUCAUGGCCAUGCUUCAAACGGGAUUGUCAUGCAGGGUCUGGUUUCCAGAUGCCGUCAUGGAAGCUGGUGACAAGUUGCGAGAGGCCUUGGAAGGUCGAAACGCAGCCAACAUCGACCAUCUGCGGAGGACGCACCCUGCAGCGAAAUUUACUGUGAAGGGUCAGCCGUCAACGGCACUUUCUCCCUGGCGUCGGCUUCAUGUUGUCAUCACAUGUCCCGAGCCGAAGAUACUCGCAAAGGCUGAAGCUGACGUGCUUGAUUUGUGUGAGACAGCCUGCGAUGUUGCGGCGGAUUUUCUGGGCCUUUCUGACGAUCAGGUUCAAGAUGUGUUCGAAGGAAUCAGGGUGGAAAGACAAGAGGUGCCUCUGAGGACUGAAGACCUUCCUGCUGAAGUGCCACAAGACCUGAAUUUCUUGUGGCAAACGGGUUUGGAUUCUCAGGCACCGCCUGGGCCCGCUUGGCCGACUGAGCCAAAGUCGAGCUCGAGCUCGCCUGGCAUGCCAGAGGUCCUAAGAGGUACCACGCCAAAGUCGUCCAUGCCAAAGUCGCCCUUCAUUCGAGAUCCCAAUGCUCCCCCUCCUGGCAGUGCGAGUACUGGUACCCCCAGUGCUCCCAGUGGCCCCAGCGGCCAAAGUGGCCCCAGCACGGCUCGCAAAGCUGGCGUGCCAGCUGCCUUCGCAGGGCGGUCAGUGCCUACAGCGGUUCCUAUGACUUUAAAUUCAAGGCAGAAGAUACCAAUGGGAUCUGCGAUGGGGUCACAGAUGAUACCUCCUUUGCCUUCGAUGAUGUCGAUGAUGCCACCCCCACCCAUGGUGCCAAUGACAGGAACACCCAUGACCCCGGGUAUGCAGAUGCCACCCAUGCCCCCCUUUCCCAUGCCUGCAGCAUCACAGCCAGCAGUGACUCCCCCGGGACUUCUGCCAUUGUUGUCCUCUCCAGCGCCAACGACACCGGCUGCAACGCCUGCAACGCCGGCAACGCCUGCAGCUGCUUCCGCUCCUGUGCGCUCCAGCAAGAGGCCACACACAAUCGAUCAGCACUUAGAGGUGGCCAGACUGGCCCAAGCAUGGCUCAAUCAAGGAGCCAAGCAACCAGAGAAAGCGGAAAAGAAGAAGAAACGAAAAGUGGAGGUGGACCCAUACCUGCCUCCGAAGGCUGAAGACAAUCCUUACUUGGUGAUGCUCGCCGAGGCGGAAGCCGAAGAUGCUGCGGAAAGGGUGCAGCCAAUCAGGGUGACCAAGCGAACUGAGGCUAUGCCACCUCCCAGUAGCACAGUUGCUCACAAGCGGAAAGCUGAUCCAUCCGAUCUGUCAGGACAGCCAUCAAAGGCCAGUCCGGCUGAUGCACAAGAAAAGGCCCAGCCAGUGAGGUCAGAUUCUGAGACAUCAUCGGAGUCGGAGGGUGAAGAGUCCGAAGAUGGCGAAGAUGAUGAGAUUGAGGAGGUUCCAACUGAAGGGGAGGCUGAUGGCGGCGCUCGCAAACUGGAACUCUUCAAGCUGGGAGCAAAAUGCUGCAGUGUGCUGGCACAGUUUGUGGGUGGUCGAAAGGCUUUGCUGCGCCCAAGGCUAGAUAUUGAUCAGCGCGUUCGGCUAGAACAUUGCCGAAAGCACUUGCAAUGGGCUGGCGAUCUCACGACAAUAUGGCACUUUGCAUUGUCAGACUUGAGUGAGGAGGUGGCCUGGACUACUUUGUGCACUUAUUUUGUUUCCCGCCAGCGAGUGGGGCUAGCAGAGCUCAAGGGAGGUGUGGUCUACAUAGUUCCUCCGGAUGAUUCUUUUAUUUCGGAGCUUGGUCUGCCUGCUUCAGUGAAGAGCUUGAAGGGAAGCUUAUUAGGACUUCAGGUUCCAAUUUACGAGCAAGAAGGUGAGCAAGGUGAACAAGGUGAGCAAGGUGAACAAGGUGACCUAGCCGAGCAGCCUGAGGCACAGCGGCAAGCUGUAGCUGAAGCAGCUCCUGCAGCUAAAGCAGCGCUCAGUGAGGCAGAGGGGAAGCAACAAGAAACCUCUGAGGCACCUGAGGAUGCCGUCAAAGAAAAUAAGGAUGCUGCAGAGAUAGCAGGGAAAAAAGACGGUGCAGAGGAAAAGGAGGAGGACGAAAACAAGGAAAUGAAGGAGGUGGAGAACACAAGGGAAGAAAAGGCAGCAAGGGAGGAAAUCGAGAAGGAAAAACCGGAAACGGAGGAGGACAAGACGGGGAAGGAGGUGCAGGGUGAGACGAAUGAGAACGAUGAACAGUCGCAGCAGCCUGGAAAGGAUAAGGCUGAAGAAGAGGGGACUGAUGAACCAAGACAUUCAGAAUGAAGUCUCGUGACAAGGAGCGACUUUACACUGAAGCAUCCUGCAAAAUUGCAGCUUUCAGCGUGUGCUUUGAGAUGCCAGCGUAGCAAGAGCUC